AUGCCGAACCUCAAGUCCCUCGACCUGUCAGGAACGGCAAUCACCAAGGAGGACACCGUCCACCUGCAAUUUCUGAAGCACUUGGAGCGCGUGACACUGCAGCAGUGCUGCAACCUAGGCCAGUCUUUUGUGCGUUUCCUCAUCUUCGUGCCGCAGCUCAAGGAGCUGGAUCUGGGCUUUAACACCAUGCCGGCUGUGUGGUUGACGCCUAUUGUGGAUGGGAAGCGGGUGCGGCGGCUGAGUGUGAGGGGGUGUGGGUACAAGGAGAAGACGCAUGUGGCGUAUGGCAUGUGGUGUAUGGCAUGCGGCGUAUGGCAUGUGGUGUAG